AGGGGGACAGAACUUUCUAUGAGGCAUGUGUAUAAAAUCACUCCAGUCAGUCAGUCAGUCAGUCAGAGUUUCAUCGACAGACACCUGGAUUAAUCAGUCUCCCAGCAGCUGUCAAUCAUCUCGCGCGCUCACAGUCAGACUUUAUAUUUGACAUCUUUUUAAUUCACGCGUCAGAUAUUUGUUAUUUUCUCCUGUUUAGUGCGCUCCAGCAGGCGCUAUUCAAGUUUGAGGGGGAAAAACUUUAGGAGAGUUUCCUAAAGCACCGGACAGCGCACAAAAUAAAAGGAGUGAUUAUGUCCAAUCCCAAAACUACAUAAGAGAUCUCAAAGAAAAAAUAACCGGAUAAGAAGGGAAAUAGAAGAUUUUGUCCAAUUAAAAUGUAUCGCUGGAAAGUUGAUCAGGUUGCUGUGCUGCUUUUAUUGGCUGUCGCAGUGGGCAAUGCUCAGGUGCUGGACCGAACACUCAUUCUGUCCAAUGAGAGGAGCUCUAUCGAGAGAACAUACGAGCUGACCAAAUACCUGGACCACCAGCUGAAGGAGAUCAGAGACACUUACCUGUCGUAUCUCGGGCCUCCAUUCAGUGAUCCUGGCUUCUCUCCUCCACGUCCCAACAGCUCGUCUCUGUCCGUGCCCAGCGCAGCAACACGUGUGGACUUAUGGCGCGGGCUGGAAAAUGGUGCUCGUCUGGCACAGAACCAGCAUGCAUACAGCAUUCUUCUCUGUGCGGUGAGGGAGUUGGCGCGCUCCACCCUGUGCCCGUACCUUCAGAGCUCCCUCCUGCACUUCUGCUCUGGCCUCAGCGGGUUGCUUGGCUCAAUAUCUGGGCUUAUGAACGCCCUGGGCUACACCAACCUGCCAUCCUCCACAGGAUACGCCACCCCUGCUCAAGGAUACGCCCCAGCCAUGUCAUCACAGUUUCAGGGCGUGAGUGAGAACAGCCCUGCCCCUUUACGGAGUUACGUCCCUCGAAAUCAAGGCACUAAGACUGCCUCGGGUGUGAGAGAGGGAACGACUCGGGCGGAUCUUAAGCGGGACAGAGAGAAGGAGAGGGCGGAGAGGGGGAGAAGAGGGAGAAGAAAAGAAGGAGAGAGUUGGGUCACCAAAGAAGAGGGUGAGAAGGAGGAAGGAAUGGAGAGAUGGGGCAAACGGAGAAGACUGCUAAGCGUGGAAGAAGAGAAAACAAUAAAACUGAACACCAUGAAUUACACAUCUUUAAAAUUUGGAGAUGGAUACCGAAAGCAGCCUUUACUCUUUUCCUCACCAUCCUUGCACCCUCGCAGAUCUGUUCGCUCUAUCCCAUCCUCUCACACUGGGCUCUCCCCGCUCUCGCUCCUCUAUCAGUAUGGAGGACCAGUCUCUGAGGUUCACACUUUACUGGCGGCCCCUGUGCUGUCAUCCCAUCCCACCCCAAAUGACUUCUCACGGAAGGUAGAGGGAUUCUGGGUACUGAGAGAGCUGCAGAGUUGGCUGUGGAGAUCUGCAAAAGACUUCACCAGAUUGAAGAAACGACUGCGUGUUUAAGAUGACAGAGGCUUGGGUCCAAAACUUAGUGAGCUGAUUCUAACAAGGUGCGGUCACCUUUGGGGCCAUAAACAAAGAUGCAUUGCCUAUUGUCAGCAGUGUAGCAAUGUACACUAUUCACUCAAAAGAUUCAUUUCAAACCAGGUCGCUUUGGUCUACACUACACCCAACUAUUGCAGAUCUAGUUGUUUCUGCAAGUGCUCAGCACUUCAUUUUUUACCAUUCACAGCAUUUGCUAUUAGCUAAAUUGUUCAGGGUUUAGGACCAGGGGUGUCAUAAGUUGGGGAAAAGGGGGACAGAGUACAUAGGACUAGAAGACACUAGAAGAGACCACAAUGAAUUCACUAUCACUCACUAAUUUUCCUUUAACUUUAUUUCGUUAUUAAGGGGUCACCACACUGUCAUUCCAAUUAUUCCAAUCCUACCACAACCUACCCCUGAGAGUGCUGAACCCCUUAUGAAACUUAUGAACCCCCAGUGCUGGGAAACACCAAUACACACUCUCUUAUUCACACAUGCACACUACAAUUUUUAGUUUAUCCAAUUCCCCUGUACCACGUCUUCAGGGAAACCAAAUUUUACCUGUGCAUAGGGCUCAGAAUUCCUAGAAAUGUCACUGUCAAGAACAGAUAAGCCAGGACCUCACACUGAAACUGUGUUGGUGGAAAAGAUUUAGUGGUGAAACUAUGUGACCAAUUUAAACCUGCAUGGAGAAAUCUUUCACUUUCAUCCACAGAAUGUGUAACCCCGCCGGUCCUGCACCAAACCUGCUUCGAGCUGGGAUCGAACCGGCGACCAUCCGCAUGGGAGGUGGUUGCUCUACCAAGAAGGCUAAAGACGAUGGUUAGUGUUUGUCGCUAGAACACCUUUAGAGGUCAGAGGAGUGAGGUUUACCUGUACAACACUUCACUAGCUGGUCUCUGCUACACUCACCCCCCUAAACCUCACUCCCAUCCAGGUCACAGCAGCAAUGUAACCCAGCUGAUCCUACACCACCCAACCCGCUCUGAGCUGGGAUCGAACCGGCGACUUUCCACUUUCCACUUGGUAACUCUACCAAGGAGGCUAAAGACCAUGACCUCUAGCGUUUGUCGCUAGACCACCUUUAGAGGUCAGAGGAUUGAGGUUUACCUGCAGAGUACUAGCUGGUCUCUGUUACAAGUGCAUAAUUGUUGGAUGGAAUAAUCAAGCAGCUACACUGAACUACUGAUGUUUUGUGACAUCAAUUGAAAUAUAUUUAUAUUUGAAUUUGGAUUUGUCAUAAUUCAGGCUGUUUACAGUGCAUUUUAUUUGCAAGGCAUAGAUAAAGUUCGACCAGGUUUGGGCCCAAACGUGUCCACAUCAGGAACACGGAAUGCCGUCUGUGGAAGCAGCCUGCUAGGUUUUGUAGCAGAGCGGAAGAAACAGAUUGAUUCAUGCUCUAUGGAUGGAGAUCUAAGAACUUCAGAUGGUCACGCUUUGCAUUAAAUCACCAAACAGAAAAGAGCCGCCUGUACGUCACAGACAAAGGAAAGAGAGCGCCCAUUGAGAGAGCGAGACGUGAUUCAGCAGAAGGAAAGUGAAUCAUGUUUGGAGUCAUGCAGUAGUAAAAGGGUCAAUGGGCAAAAGUGGAGGAAAUGUGGCAUAACCAAAGAAACAAUGGAUUUUUGCUGCCUCACAAACUGAGUCAGUAAUGCCUCACUGACUCGUCUUUUUCCAGACGCAAAUACACACCUACACAUUUGGUAACAGAUGCACUAAUCUGAUGCUCAGAUGGCGUGUGUACCAACAGAAUAUCGGCCAUCUGAUAAAAUAUUAUUCAAAAACUUUGAUAUCUUGGUAAUACUACGUUUUCUAGAAAUGGUAUUUGGUAUUGGUAUUUGGAAUUGGUAUUUUUGUAGAAACAUGGAAUAGAUGAUACAGUAUGUCAAUAAUUUUGCCUUGGUACCAUGGUGUUAGUAGUAAUGUGGAGUAACUAAUCACAGUAUAUUAUAAUAUACUAUGGUUUUUAUAUGACACUUCAAUGAAGAGUCAGGGAUUUAAUGUAGGAAACCAUGUUUUUAUGUACCAUAGUAUUCUUGGCAAAAGGAAAAGGAGGGAAAUUUCGCACCAUGAUCAAAGUACUAUGGAAUUACUGUUUAAGAACAAUGCCAACCAAUCAGUACUGUGGUAUAUUUUCUCACAUGGUAUUUUUAGAAGAACUUAGAAAUGGUAUACCUAUAUAUUUACACACUAUAGCAUUACAAUUCAUUUACCGUGGUACUUCCACAGUUCUUUGCUUUUCAGAUAAGGCAUUUCACACAUGAACAUGAGCUAAAAUGCAGGUGAGAGAGUGUAUAGAUAUGAGUGUUUGUGUACAGUCUGUACAGUGUUUUCUGUAUGUGUGUAUAUGUCUGUUAUAUUUAUUUAAUACUAUUUAUUUCUCUGGGGUACGACUGUAUGAUGUCACAUGUUUUUUUGCAAUGAGUACAAAAGACCUUUACUGGCUACACUAUGGGUGUGUGUGUGUGUGUACUCUUACCCCUUGAGGAAAACCAGAGGGACUGGGAGAAUAGCAAGAGUUUUAUUCGUCUGUCUGAGCAAAAUUUAUGACCACUCCAUUCUUUCAUGUAAUCCCACAUCCUCUCAUCCCUCUCUUCCCCUCUAUCUCUCUCUCACGCCUCUCCUCUUCCCUAGCGCUCACCUAGUACUGACACACACACAUAUACACGCACACACACAUAAACACACAAAUUUAGUUAGCUAUUACACUUAUUUACAGUGCU